AUGUUGAAGCAGCCGCAGCCUUUGCCCCCGCAGCCCACCCCGGGCGGCCCCGUGCCACAGGCCGGGCCCCCGCCCGCCCGCAAGGCCCCCCCGCCGGGGGCUGCCCUCAGCCCCAACGGCAGCCUCAGCCCCAGCGGCGGGGCGGGGCGGGCCGCGACGGCGGCCCCAGGCGGGGGAGGAGGCGGCGGCGGCGGCCCUGGAGGAAGCGGCAGCGGCACCAGGGGGCAGAGCACAGGGAAGGGGCCUCCCCAGUCUCCAGUGUUUGAAGGUGUCUAUAACAAUUCUCGAAUGCUGCAUUUUCUGACGGCUGUCGUGGGCUCCACGUGUGAUGUGAAGGUGAAAAAUGGCAGCACCUUUGAGGGGAUUUUUAAAACCCUCAGCUCUAAGUUUGAGCUCGCGGUGGAUGCGGUGCACAGGAAGACCCCGGAUCAGCUGGUGGGACCUAAGCGGGAGGACAUUGUGGACACCAUGGUCUUCAAACCCACGGAUGUCAUGCUGGUGCAUUUCCGCAAUGUUGAUUUCAAUUAUGCCACCAAAGACAAGUUCACGGACUCUGCCAUCGCCAUGAACUCCAAAGUGAAUGGGGAGCACAAAGAGAAGGUGCUGCAGCGCUGGGAAGGAGGGGACAGCAACAGCGAUGACUAUGACCUGGAGUCUGACAUGUCUAAUGGCUGGGAUCCCAAUGAGAUGUUCAAGUUUAAUGAAGAGAACUAUGGAGUGAAGACAACGUACGACAGCAGUUUGUCCUCCUACACUGUCCCUCUAGAGAAAGAUAACUCGGAGGAGUUCCGGCAGCGGGAAGCCCGGGCGGCCCAGUUGGCCCGGGAGAUUGAGUCGAGCCCCCAGUACCGCUUGCGCAUUGCCAUGGAGAACGACGAUGGACGGACGGAGGAGGAGAAGCACAGCUCUGUGCAGAGGCAGAUGUCCGGCAGGGACAGCCCCAUCUUGGCCUCCAGGGAGGGCAAGUAUGUCCCGCUGCCACAACGCGUCAGAGAGGGCUCACGAGGAGGCAUCCGGUGCAGCAGCUCUCGGGGUGGGAGGCCGGGGGUGGGGUCCAUGCCUCCCCGGGGCAGCGCGCACCAUCCGGACAGCAACUCUAGUCCCGUCCCGGAGCAGCGAGGGAUCAAUGGAGGACCCUCCCGAAUGUCUCCGAAGUCCCAGCGCCCCAUCCGGGGUGCCAAGACCAUAUCUUCCCCAUCAAGCCGCCCUGUGGAGGUCUCGGCAGCUCCCCCUGCAGUGGGCCGCAUGUACCCUCCUCGCUCUCCCAAGUCUGCCUCAGCCACUCCAGUCUCUUCCCAGGAUUCUCCGGUGGGAUCCGCCAUGCCAGCAGCACCUGCAUCCCCGUCGGAGGCCAGAACUGGCCUGGAGUCGAGUGUUUCCCCAAACCCCCCUUCUCCCAAAGUAGCAACCCCCGUGCCAGCCACUGCUGUUGAGGGGAAAGAGGCUCCCACAUCUGUGGCUAAAGAUCCUGGCAGAACCUUGGAAGUGACAGGAGCAUGUGAGCUCAACAAGGCAACCAACAAAGCAGGGCUGCAGAAUGAGCAGAAGCGGACCCAGCUGGAGGAGCUGCGCAAGUUUGGGGCCCAGUUCAAGCUCCAGCCGAGCAGUUCCCCAGAGACUAGCCUGGAGUCCUUCAGUGCCAGGCCCAAGGAGCCUCUGGAGGGCAAGGAGAAGGCCCUUGAGCCGGGCAUCUGCGAGGGGCCCGAUGAGGCACCCGCCAUGAGCAUGGUGCCAAAGCCCAGCGGGACCAGCCUGGAGCUGUUGCCGGAGAGUGGCAAAGAGGAGAAGGGGCUGUGUGAGGUGGCCGAGCAGCAGGUGGCCAGCCCCCCAGGCAAGGGCGAGCCCGAGGACAAAGAAGAGGGGCCUGUGUCUGAGCAAGUGAAGAAAUCGACUCUGAAUCCCAACGCCAAGGAGUUCAACCCCUCGAAAACGCUGCUCUCCGUGAACAAGUCAACGAGCACCCCCACGUCACCGGGCCCUCGCGCCCAUUCCACUCCCUCCAUCCCAGUGAUCACAGCCGGCCAGACGGGCAUGUACAGCCCCCAGUACAUUUCCUACAUACCUCAGAUCCACAUGAGCCCUGCUGUCCAGGCGCCCCAGAUGUACUCCUACCCUGUCUCCAGCUCUGUGCCUGGCCAGCAGGGCAAGUACCGAGGGGCCAAAGGUUCUCUUCCACCCCAGCGCUCGGACCAGCAUCAGCCGACAUCCGCUCCCCCCAUCAUGCAGGCGGCAGCUGCAGCAGGGCCCCCCCUGGUAGCAGCUACGCCCUACUCCUCCUACAUUUCCUAUAACCCCCAGCAGUUCACAGGGCAGCCCACCAUGAUGCAGCCUAUGGCGCACUACCCUUCUCAGCCUGUAUUCGCCCCCAUGCUGCAGAGCAAUCCCCGCAUGAUGACAUCUGGCAGCCACCCCCAGGCCAUUGUGUCAUCCUCCACGCCCCAGUACCCUCCCUCGGAGCAGCCCACGCCCCAGACGCUCUAUGCUACAGUUCAUCAGUCUUAUCCCCACCAUGCGACACAGCUGCACCCCCACCAGCCUCAGCCAGCCACCACCCCGACAGGGAACCAACAGCAGGCCCAGCAUGCUGCCCCCAGCCCCGUACAGCACCAGGCUGGGCAGCCGCCCCACCUGGCCAGUGCCCAGCAGCAGCAGAACCUGUACCACACAGCCACGCUGACGGCCACGCCACCCUCCAUCACGCCAGGGCCCAGCGCCCAGUCCCCCCAGAGCAGCUUCCCACAGCAGGCUGUCUACGCCAUCCACGCCCACCAGCAGCUGCAACACAGCUACACCAACAUGGCCCAUGUCACCCAGGCCCAUGUCCAGACUGGAAUAACAGCAGCACCGCCCCCCCACCCUGGGGCACCUCAUCCCCCGCAGGUCAUGCUGCUCCACCCCUCGCAGACCCAUGGAGGGCCCCCCCCAAGGCGGUGUGCCACAGAGCGGGGUGCCCACCCUCUCAGCCUCCACACCAUCUCCAUAUACCUAUAUAGGACACCAUCAAGUUCAGUCUCACCCAUCCCAGCAGCUCCCAUUCCACCCCCCUGGAAAUUGAAGCCUCGAUUCCUGACUGUGAACUGAACUCCCAGUGCUGGCCCUUGCCCGGGAUCCGGUUUGCUCCUUCUGCCCCCUUGUAUGUGCCCCGGCCUGGCAGCUGGGCCCUGAGGUGGAACCCCCAGCCUGCCCCUUACAGUGCCACAGCUGGGGGCAGGGCUUUACCAAGCACCUUUUUUGUUGGUUUGCAGAGUGCACAGCGGCAAGAGCCACCUGCCCCUGGCUUCUGGAGCCGCCAAGGUUUUAUUUUCUAUUAUUUAUAACUCCAAUCGGGCUGUUUAAAUAGAGCGUUGGGCUUCCCUCCCCUAGUAACGCGAACACAGGAGCAGACCAGACUGAUGAACACCGACUUUUUAUUACAUAAAAAUAUUUAAAAAGUGGGAAAAAAAUAAAAUAAAAUUUUAAACUAACUCCA